AUGACACGCCCACAGCACCAGGGACACGCCCACAGCAACAGGCAGCCACCAGGGACACGCCCACAGCGACAGGCAGCCACCAGGGACACGCCCACAGCAACAGGCAGCCACCAGGGACACGCCCACAGCGACAGGCAGCCACCAGGGACACGCCCACAGCAACAGGCAGCCACCAGGGGACACGCCCACAGCAUCAGGCAUCCACCAAGGACACGCCCACAGCAUCAGGCAGCCACCAAGGACACGCCCACAGCAUCAGGCAGCCACCAGGGACACGCCCACAGCAUCAGGCAGCCACCAGGGACACGCCCACGACACCAGGCAGUCACCGCGGACAUGCCCACAGCACCAAGCCUCCACCAGGGACACGCCCACAGCGCCAGGCAGCCACCAGACACAUGCCCACAGUACCAGGCAGCCACCAGGGACACGCCCACAGCACCAGGCAGCCACCAGGACACGCCCACAGCACCAGGGACACGCCACCAGCAACAGGCAGCCACCAGGGACACGCCCACAGCGACAGGCAGCCACCAGGGACACGCCCACAGCAUCAGGCAUCCACCAAGGACACGCCCACAGCAACAGGCAGCCACCAGGGACACGACCACAGCAUCAGGCAGCCACCAGGGACACGCCCACAGCGACAGGCAGCCACCAGGGACACGCCCACAGCAACACCCAGCCACCAGGACACGCCCACAGCAUCAGGCAGCCACCAGGGACACGCCCACGGCACCAGGCAGUCACCGCGGACAUGCCCACAGUACCAGGCAGCCACCAGGGACACGCCCACAGCACCAGGCAGCCACCAGGGACACGCCCACUGCACCAGGCAGCCACCAAGGACACGCCCACAGCACCAGGCAGCCACCAGGACCGCCCACAGCACCAGGGACACACCCACAGCAACAGGUACACGCCCACUGCACCAGGCAGCCACCAGGGACACGCCCACAGCACCAGGCAGCCACCAGGGACACGCCCACUGCAGGCAACCAGCAGCCACGGCAGCACAGCAGGGACACACCACAGCACCAGGCAACUAGCAGGGACACACCCACAGCACCAGGCAACUAG